AUGAGGUGUCUGAUUGUCCUUGCUCUUGCCGCCCUGGCUCAGGCCAACCCCCUUUACCGAGUGGAGACCCCUGCUGUAGUCUCCUACGCCGCACCCCUGGUGGCCGCUGACACAACUGAGACAGCCGCUCUCAAGACUCUGGCUAUCGAGAAAGCCAAGACUGGUGCUCCUGCCCCGUACGUAGACUCCUUCGGCAAGGCUUACUUUGCCCCAGCUGCCGCCCCUGCCUAUGUCCGUGCCGCCGCCUCUGCACUCGCCCCAGCUGCCGUUACGGCCUACGCCCCUGCUGCCGUGCCAGCGUAUGCUCCAGCUGCUGCUGUUCCUGCCUACCAUGCUUUGGCCCCUGCUGCCAGCGUAGCCUAUGCUCCAGCCUACGCCCCAGCCUAUGCUCCAGCCUACGCCCCAGCCUAUGCCCCAGCCUAUGCCCCAGCCUACGCUCCAGCCUAUGCUCCAGCAUACGCUCCAGCCUAUACUCCAGCUGUUGCUCCAGCAUUAGCACUUUAA